CUCUUAGCUUCUUGGUUGUCUAGUUCCGUAUAUGGUUUCAACCUGGAUGAAAGUGGUUCAUAGAAAUAACGCUUUAAUACAACUUUGUGCGAAAAGGAACCUUUUAUAUCGAUCUUUUGUUUUGCCUAAAAGAUGGGAGAGUAACAGCCGUGAAACUGGUUUUGACAAGGGACAUCAGGCUCCUAGGAGUACCUCAACUUCUGGACCGCCAUGUCGUAGCAAGUUUAACUUGGUGGGUCCCCGAGACUACAGAUCGAACAUAAGAAAAAUCAUCUAUGCAAAGUCGAAGGACGAAACUAAGCAAGAAAAAUACUUCAGAGAACAGCAACAAGAAUUGAAUACUUGGCACCAGGAUUUCUGGGAAAAACAAAAUGAAAAAUUCAGUAAGUCAAAAAAGGCAUACCUCCAGUUGAGACCAAGGAACCUGGAAACUGACACAAAUAAGGAGUUAGCUGAUGAAUUGUCAAAAUUUUACAGAGACUUCUUAGAUGGUAACUACAGAGUUCAUUCUCAGUAUCUCAGAGCUUGGUAUCGUAGGAAUUUUCAUUUGCUGUGGACAGGAUUGCAAGUCUCAACCUCAAGAUUCUUCAGUAAAAUCAUUCCAAAGAGAUCAAGAUAGUCCACAAAAAUUGUUAUAGUUAAAGAUGCCUGGUGAACAAUUUUCCAGAGGUAUCUAAUUGAUGACAUCAGUGAGUAAUUGAUAAGUAAUCAAUGGGUAAUCAGUUGAUUAGUCAUUGAUUAUUGCCAAUGAUCAAUGAGUAAUCAAUAAGCCACAAAAUUACUGAUCUACAUGUUUCGAUAUGCUGGUAUGUUGUUUGGCCUUUAGUGUCGGCGUAAUUACGUAAACAAGAACACCUGUUAUGAAGGACAAACAAGUAAAACACAGAUAAAAGAAUUAAGAAAAUAUUGGUACAAAAAAGCAAGAAAUUUGUAAUAUUAGUGCAGAAUGAUAGUUGAUAAGUAAUCAAUAGGUCAUCAAUGAGUAAUCAAUAAUAUCUAUGGCUAAUCAAUGUAAUCAAUGAGUAAUCAAUGACACUGAUGAGUAAUCGAUACGCCACAAAGUUAUUGGGCUUCGAUUACUGAUGGAUCAUUGCCAGUAAUCAAUGAAUAAUCAGUUGAUUACUCUUUGAAUAUUCAUUGAUGUCACUGCUCAUCAAAUAAAAAACCCCUGAAAUUUUUACUCCAGUGAGAAUUAAAUGUUAUUUCGAGGUUGUAAAAAAUGCUUGACAGCCAUUCAAUUCACAUCUGUUCAGUUUAUUCUGCUUGCUGGUUGCAGUACAUUUGUAGUCUGAGACUAAAACUUUUUUGGGAAAAGAAAUUAAUUUUGAGGAUGUUAAAUUAAAAGGGUUUCCAUUUUUUACAAAACAGUUUACGUGAAAUUUAUGAUGUACAAAUGUUAAAUAAUGGUGUACAUUUGUCAGAAUCAACAUUUUUCAAUAGCUUGCAAACACAGAUGGAUUUCUGGUUCUUGUUUCAUGCCACCAAGAAAUACCAGUGGCAUGAAACAAAAGUCAAAACUCUGCCUGCUUUUGCUGGCUAAAAAUUCAAGUACAUGUACUUGCAACAUUUCUUGUUUGCAUCUGUAGUCACAAUAUCUAUUAGAUAAUAAUUAAUAAACUUAAUAAACAUUGAUUCUUGUGAGAAUGUAGCUUCAAGUAGAACAUCUCUAUCACUCAACAGUGAGUUCUCAAGAACAAGGUUGUUUUAUUAUUAAAGUCAGUGUAGUAAAUUCAACUAUUUAUUAUAAGCUUGUGAUCUAUAAAUGAAAAUACUGUUACAUUUAUUGUUAUACUAAUUGUUUCUCUACCGAUAUUUAGCCAUACGGUCAAAGCCUGGGACCUGCUUAUUUCUGGACUUUUCCCUGUUACAGACAUUAAAGCCCUGAUUACUCUAAUUCUGUACCUUGCCUUGGCAUGUUUAAUUAGUUCUUUCAUGAAAAGAAAAAAUGUGAAUAAAAUUUGUAAGCAUUAAAUGA